AUGGCCUGUUGCCUCAGUGAAGAAGCGAGGGAACAAAAGCGCAUCAACCAGGAGAUUGAAAAGCAACUGCAACGGGAUAAACGAAAUGCGCGUCGCGAACUCAAACUUCUGUUACUGGGUGAGUGUUUGGCCUUGAUUGAAGCGCUUAGGGCUAGUACGACGUGGGUUGAGGUGGUGGGAUGAUAGUUCCUGUUGUGCAACAUGUUUUGAGGCGUUUAAACGAUUGCACAGCAAGCCUAAACUUUUUGGAGAAACCAGAAAAAUUAUGAAAUAUAGUACAGGAUCAAACAGUAGUUGACACGAUAACUCAAUACCCUCCAAAACCAAAACAAAUACCCAAACCAACCUAACCACGACCUCAUUUCAGGAACGGGUGAAUCAGGUAAAUCAACAUUUAUUAAACAAAUGCGAAUCAUUCACGGAAAUGGGUACUCCGAAGAGGAUAAGCGCCAGCAUAUUCGUCUAGUCUACCAAAACGUGUUCAUGGCCAUGCAGGCCAUGAUCCGGGCCAUGGACACACUGGAAAUCAAGUACGGGAACGCAUCCUCAGAGGUAAAGAUUCUGAACUGCGUACAUUAUUAUGCUACUCGUGUUUAUACGGAAUUCUGAUUUUGGGGGCCACAAACAAAAUUUUUAAUUUUUAAAAAUUUGGAUUUUAUAUUUUUGUAAAUUUUGAAAUUUUAACUCUUUUUUGCUAAAAAAAUGAUAAAAUUUACAACUUUUUCCACACCUCCUUUAAGGAUUCAAUUGAAUUAACCUCCCCCUAAAAUCAGAAUGCCAAUGACAAUGUCAUACCGUAUAAACUUAUAUGUGAACCACAAACCUGAACGUUCGCAACUCUUAUAACAAAAAAAGCUUCAGGACAAAGCGAAUGUGGUGCGAGCGAUCGACUACGAGAAUGUGACCUCAUUUGAAGAGCCCUACGUGUCCUACAUCGCCGACCUAUGGGAAGAUCCUGGCAUCCAGGAGGCGUACGAUCGCCGACGCGAAUAUCAACUAACUGAUUCUGCCAAAUAGUAAGCUUUACGAUUACUAAUCUGCGUUUAGUUAGUGGGAAGAGUGUAGUCAAAAAGUAGAUAGAAGUUUAGAAAAUAGAUUUAAUUGUUAAUGAUAACACAAGUUCUGAAAAGAUAGUAUUGAAACAUUAGUAUUGACAUUUAAAAACACUUUAAUUUUAAAAACAUUUCAAAAAUUAAAGAACUUUUAUUACACUGACCCUUAUGAAACAUCAUUUCUUUACCUACACAACCUUAUACACGGACCAUUACAAGCCUACUAAGUACAUAACAUUACAUUUUCAGUUACUUGAACGAUGUCAGGCGAUUAGCCGUUCCCGAUUACCUACCCACAGAACAGGACAUCCUCAGAGUUCGUGUACCCACCACUGGUAUCAUCGAGUACCCAUUCGACCUAGAGCAAAUUGUAUUUAGGUAUGUUAAACUACAACUACUAAAGGCACACAAUACUAUAACCUUUUGGCCUAAAAGCUGACUUUAGGUCUCUAAGAAUCAUUACUUUAACACAAGAAGAUUAACAACUGUUUAGCUUAGCUAAUAUUUUACAGUAAUAACUGACAGUUGAAUCUUCAUUGAAAACUAUAUGUAUUUGACUAGUUAGAAACACAUAAAAGUAAAAAGUGUUUAUACUUAUGACAAGUUUUGGCUUGAAUACAUUAACCUACAACCCAUUACAGAAUGGUAGACGUCGGAGGACAGAGGUCAGAACGAAGAAAAUGGAUUCAUUGCUUUGAAAAUGUAACCUCCAUCAUGUUCCUGGUCGCGUUGUCAGAGUAUGAUCAAGUUCUUGUCGAAUGUGACAACGAGGUAAGUAUACAACUAUAGACUGUAAAAUGACACAGUAUCGACAGAGUAAUAGCUCCCAAAAAGUAAAACUAAAAAAGCUUUUGGUUUUUGAAUCUAUCAAUAGAUACUUACAUCAAUAUAAAAUUUGAUAUCCAAAAUUUGUAAAAGUAGUUCGAAUUUCGAAGUCAAUUGUAAGUUACAUAACCUUAUGUUACAGAAUCGAAUGGAAGAGUCGAAAGCGCUGUUCCGAACGAUAAUUACAUAUCCAUGGUUUCAACAGUCAUCUGUGAUUCUGUUCCUCAACAAGAAAGAUCUGUUGGCCGAGAAGAUACUAUACUCCCAUUUGGCCGACUAUUUCCCCGAAUACGACGGUAAGAAUAACGUAUAUUGUCCACAAAAACACACUAAACAUAACCGUAGAAAAUACUGUAUAUUUUCGAACUUUUUCGGUAGUAAAAUACCCGCAAAGUUAGUGUUUUAGUCAUUCAAAACUAUUACACUUUACGGUUAAGUUACCUACAUAACAUACAAAUGUAUACAACUUUGAUUAAUGACAAAAGUUACUCAUGAUGACUUACUUUCAGGACCUCCAAGAGAUGACAUUGCAGCUAGAGAAUUUAUACUCAAAAUGUUCGUUGAUUUAAAUCCAGAUGCCGAGAAGAUUAUUUACUCGCAUUUUACGUGUGCAACAGGUAAGACCUAUACCUAUUACAAUAUAUUGACCCCCUACUACCACAUGUCUUAAUAGAGCAUAGGCUUAAUUAGAAAAGCUUUAAAGCUCCAAAAAAACCACUGGUACCUCAAACUUAAAACUUCAAAAAGUCUUAAAACUAACGUCAACUUAUAAAAAGUUUUACAACCGCUUAUACUCUACUAUAACAUUCCCUUUCAGAUACUGAAAACAUUCGAUUCGUGUUUGCGGCAGUCAAAGAUACGAUAUUGCAACAUAAUCUCAAGGAGUACAACUUGGUGUGA